CAGAUUGCUGAAGGCAUGGCUUAUUUAGAAACAGAAAACUUUGUCCAUCGUGAUUUAAGGGCAGCCAAUAUUUUAGUAGGGGAACACUAUGAAGUUAAAGUGGCUGAUUUUGGGUUAGCAAGAAUUUUACAUGAAGAAGAUAUAUAUGAAGCAACAGAAAAUACAAAAUUCCCAAUAAAAUGGACA